CAGUGCCCCAAGUCAUAUUGCUUAUGAAUAGUUUUUGAUGAUGUUUAUGGCUUCUUUUGUCAGGUAGAAACUGAGGAACAUCCUGAGAUAUCUGAAGCUUACUCUGUUUCUGCUGUUCCUUUUUCGUCUUCUUCAAGGUCUACUGGUGAUCAGACCCGGUCUCGAUCUCGUCGUGCCUCACCACGAGGUCGUAGUGGUACGGGGAGCCACUCUCAGGGUUCGUCCAGCCACUCUCGGGGUUCGUCCAGCCACUCUCGGGGGUCGAGCAGCCACUGUCGGGAUUCUUCAUUUUCCGCUCCGGUUUUUGCUCCCGCUGCUGCACCCCCUCCCGUUGCUGCACCCCCUCCCAGUGCUGCACCCCCUCCCGCUCCUCCAGUCGUUCCGGAAGUGAUGACUGUUGCCCAGUUGGUUCAACAGCCCGGUCGUGAGCAUCUUCCCUAUCUCACUCUGUGUCCAAAGGGACGACGUCAAACAUGGUUCAACCGAUCCGAGAAGGGGAUCAGCGCAUGGAUCAACAAUAUGAUGUACUCGAACCUCAGCAAGGGAUAUCCGACUUUCACUCACUUCCCUGCCGAGGACCAGGAGAUGUGGUUUCGUCAGUUUGCGCAAGAGUUCACCUGGAAUCCCGAUCACACGAACUUUAUCCGUAACGCCUUCGUUCAUAAAGUUAUGGACAACUAUGGGAAGCAGAUCUACGAGUGGAAGCAGAAGUGGCUCAUCAACCAGGUCCCGAAGUCAAUCAACAGCACGGUCUGGGAGGAGUUGUGUGUGCAUUGGGAUAAGGACGAGACGAAAGCUACCUCCGUGACCAACUGCGCCAACCGCAAGAGCGAUCGUGGCGGGAAGGGCAUGUACAAGCACAAUUUGGGUGCCCAGACUAUUGUCACUCUCGGGGAUCGCUUGGUAAGUUCAAUCUUUUUUUUUUAAUUAUUUAAGUAUUUUUAUUUUAUUGUUUAUGCAUUUCUUCUAAUUUCUAAUGUUUGUUUAACUUUUGUUUUUUUCAUGGCGGAUGAAAAUGAUGGCGAGCCGGUUGAUGAUUUCGUCCUAAUGAAGACGGCGCAUACCAACAAGCACACCGGGGAGAUUGAUGAUGGUGUUGUGAGGGAUGUGCUCAGCCUGAUCGAAACUCAGAAGGAAGACGAAGAGACCCGUCUAUCUCAACUUCAAACCGACCUGGACGCCACUUCGACGGCUUCGACCAACUUGUCCCGGAUUCGAAUCAACGAAAUCGUUGAAUCGGUAUGUUCUUUAUAAAAAAGUUCAAUUCAUUUAUUUCUUUAUUUUUAUUUUAUCAUCUUUUCUAUUAUUUAAAUUUGUUUAUUUUCUAUUUCAGUCGGUUCCAAAGAAGAAGGGACGUUUGGUCGGUUUGGGUCGUCGAGCCCGGUCGGUUCCUCCUUCUGCACCACAGCCCUAUGUUGAUCCAGAAGUGCUUAUGGACCAGUUGAAGGACAAAGAUGACCGCAUAGCUGCGUUGGAGCAAAAGAUGGCGGAUCAAGAGGCGGGAUGGGAGGCAACAAGGAAGCAGAAUGAACAAAUGAUGGAGAUGAUGAAGAGGAUGUACCCGAACGAGCAGUUCCCGUAGUUUCUUUCUUUCUUUUUUCAAAAACAUAUUAUCUAAUAUGUUUUCUAUUUCAAUUUUAAUUUUAUAUUUUCGAAUUUCAAUUAAAAAAUAAUUUUUUAAUUUUUUAAAAAAUAUGUUUUUGGGAAUAUUCCGAGGAAGUGUAUCCCUCGGGAUAUUCCGACGACAACUUCCUCGGAAUAUUCUGUGGGCAUAUCUCCUCGGAAUAUUCCGAUACCUCUUUUCUCUCGGAAUGUUUCCGAGGACCGUUCCAUCGGAAAUAUCCGAGGAGAUACCGACGAACAGUCCUGGGAAAUGUUUCUUCGGAAUGUCCUCGGAAUCUUUAAUAUCCGAGGAGAUACCGACGAACAGUCCUAGGAGAUACCGACGAACAGUCCUAGGAAAUGUUUCCGAGGAAUUCCGAGGAAAUUUUACUUUCCGACGAGAAAUUUCUGACGACCAUUCUCGUCGGUAUGUCCUCGGAAAAAAAACCGGUGUUUUCUUGUAGUGUAAACGCUUUAGUUUUAUAUGAAUUGGAGUGUUUUUUAGUUGCUUCUGGCCUCUAUUAAUGUGUUACACAACUCUGAACAUGCCUUUCAGUUUUAAGACAUCUUGCUUCUUUUGACUUUGGUGAUUUUCACAAUCGUUUCUUAAGGGAAACUUUACAUGAAUACACAAUGAAACAACACCUAUUGGUUGAGAAAUUCUACAAGGCAAUCGCUAGAUCUCUGGGGUUGAAAGAUAAUCGUUUACGCGAGAUGUGUGGAGAAAAUGCUGCGAUGGAGACAAGAUUCAACAUGUAUCCUCCAUGUCCAAGGCCAGGCAAGGUACUUGGAAUCAAACCGCAUGCUGAUGGGUCGGCCUUCACUCUUCUUUUGCCCGACAAAAAUGUUGAGGGGCUUCAGUUCUUCAAAGAUGGGAAGUGGUAUAAAGCCCCCCUCCUCCGUGAUAAAAUUCUGAUCAAUGUAGGAGAUAAUGACAUAAUCAAUCAUGGUAUAUCAUACGAUUUUUUGGAAGAUUGGUUGGUGUAGAUAAUGACAUAAUCUCUCAUGCAAGUUCAGAUAAUGAGCAAUGGAAUAUACAAGAGCCCAGUUCAAAGAGUGGUUACUAACAAAGAAAAGGAAAGAAUAUCUGUGGCAACGUUUUGCAGUGAAGGUCCAGACACAGAGAUCGAACCUGUAGAUGAGCUUAUGUCAGAGGCAAAGACCAAGAUUGUACAAAAAGAUUAAGAAGUAUGACAAGAUCUACUUUGAUUACUAUCAACAGGGUCGAAGACCGAUAGGAGCUGCAUUAAUCUGAAGGCAAAAAAGAACACUUCGUUUUAUAUUGGUUUCCAAGAUUUUCAAGAAAGCAAAGUUGUGUAAAAAGAUUUUACAUUGUUUUUGUGAGAAUCAAAACUCAAUAACCUUGUUGACUUCCUUCCACUCCGAACACGAUCGAUUGAAAUUUUCUUGAAGGAGUGACGAACUAGAACACACCGAUAUGUUGACCCAGUGUUCACCGCAUUUCCCCAAACUAGGAGAAACCGCUAUAUUUCACUGGAGAUAAGAUCGAACCAGCAAUACUAACUGCUCACAAGCGAGCUCCGACUACAACUUGUUGACACCGGCCUCUCGAUCUCUCUCUCUCGGCUAAUGCUCUAACAAGAUAACCUAAUCAGCUCAAGAGAGUAAAGCUAAUAGGUUUUUACUUAGCUAUUUACAUAUGUGAUACUUCACGCUUAGCUCUGAGAUGAUGACAUGUGUCUAAGCUUAAUCCUAGUGUUACAAACUUUUAGACUCAAACCGAGUCUACUCAAUACUUCACUAAACUUAGCUAAUAUCUUCACCUAUUCACCUAGAGUCUUCAUACUUGGACUCUUCUCAACACUUGAUCUGAUGACUAUACACUUAAUUUUCAAUUUUUUUUUUAAAUCAACCAAUGUAUAUGUAGAGAAUGAUGAGAGUAUAAGAUUGGAAGAAUUGUAUAUUGACUCUCAUAAUGAUAAAGCGUAUACAUAUCUAUACUAUUAUUUGAGAAGUGAAUUUGUUGAUUUCUCAUGUAGUCCAUAAUUUUAGGUAAUUUUGUUUAUUUGUCAUGUUUUUAUUAGGUUUUAGCUAAAUUAUUGAUUAUUGAUUAUUAUUAGUAUUUAGCUGAGUCACUAAU